CUUAACCCAAAGUUUGUUGGGAGAAGUAGUUGGUUAGAAUCAAGUUGAAGCCUUGACUACACUACAAUACACCAAACGCACCUUCCUCAACCCCUUGCGAAUUCGCGAUGGCCAUGGCAAUGGCGAUUCUCUUCAUAAUCUUCCCCCUCGCCUACUCCAUUCCCUUCAUCGUCCUCCAUGGAAUUGGAGACCAGUGCUCCAAUCGUGGAGUGAAAACUUUCACUGAGGAAUUGAACAGCUUCUCGGGUGUGAAAGGAUACUGCAUUGAGGUGGGCAAUGGGUCAUGGGAUUCAUGGUUUCUGCCUUUGACAGAGCAGACUAAUAUUGUUUGUGAAAAGGUGAAGCAAAUGAAAGAAUUGAAGGGAGGAUACAACAUUGUUGGGCUCUCACAAGUUAAAAACUUUAUAUCCUUAGCAGGCCCUCAUGCUGGUACUGCUUCAGUUCCUCUGUGUGGUUCUGGUAUCUUCUGCAUCCUUGCAGACAGCCUCAUUAAGGGACAAGUUUACAGUGACUAUAUUCAAGAACACUUAGCUCCAAGUGGAUAUCUUAAAUUACCAAAUGCUAUACCCGAUUAUUUGGAGAAAUGUAGGUUUCUCCCAGUGCUUAACAACGAGAUACCAAGUAAGAGAAAUUUCACUUACAAGGAAAGAUUUAGUAGCUUGAAGAAUUUGGUACUUAUCAUGUUUGAGCAAGACACUGUUUUGAUACCAAAGGAAACUUCCUGGUUUGGAUAUUACCCAGAUGGCGAAUUCAACCCAGUUUUACCACCUCAAGAGACAAAACUUUACAUUGAAGACUGGAUUGGUUUAAGAACACUGGAUAAAGCUGGCAGAGUCCACUUCAUUAGUGUUCCGGGAAAACACCUUGGAAUCUCCGUGGAAGAUAUGAAGAAACAUGUAGUGCCGUACUUGAAGGAUCACUCAUCGAAGGAAGAUUCCACCAGCAAGGCUGGUUUCUCGAGAAUGCGAAAAAUUAUAUCAGAGCACUAAUGAAGCCGCCUUGUCUCGAACGAUGGAGGUAUAACCAUCAGCUUAAGCAUAAGUAAAUAGAUCAUUGCCAUACUGGUGGCCUUACAUUGUACAUCAUACAAGGUUUCAUUGUUAAUUGAUUGAUUGGCAACAACGAAGAUCAGCGUCUAACCAAAAGGGAAGUCAUCCUAUUAUACUUGAUGAUUGUUGUACAACAUUUGAAAAAUUGUAGGAAAAUGUGUUUGAACUGAUAUUUGCACCAAA